GGCUCGGCCACUCGGGCUGCUCUUGGUUUGCCGAAGAAACACCUGGUGCGACGUCGGAGGGGCACGUGCCCACUUGCCCAGAUGGACGACCCGGGCCGAAGGUAUGAAUGUGAUCAAACACCAUACGACCUUCCGUUCCUCAAGGAAGAGAUCCUCCGAUCGGAGGAGAAGCGAUCACCUACUGGAGUGCAAUAACUGGAAUGCUCUUGGAAGGAGAACCAUCGGACGUCUUGAGCUGGACGAACCUUCUAUUCGGAUGCAGAGCAUCAAGAAAGAUAGUGUGUGGUUCUAGAAGCCUGCUUCUCUUGCUAAGGUCGUGGGGGUCAGCGGAAAACUCACGACGUCUACUGGAAGCAAUGAUCGCUCGCCUUUUCUUUCCUGCUAGUAUUUACCUGGGCGUCGAUGGAUGUCGCGCUGGCCACCGACGUUCGGAUAGCUUCCUCCGAAUCCUCUGUUUGGAAGUACUUGCUACGUGUUCGACGAAUCGAUGGAAUCGUUGGCUUCAUAUUACAGGGCGGGAUCCUCCUCCGGUUCUUCGAGGACAUAUAGAUAACCAGACUUCCUCCUCACUUCGCCGAUUGAGACCCAUUUAUAUUGCGUUACACCUCUUCUAUCCACUCUCUCCGGUGAUAUCAAGAAUCUACCUAUUGUAUUGCAGCUAUAUUCGACGCGCACCGUCAUCUCGCGUGCCAAAGCUAAUUCGAUUCUGCCUAUUUUCCCACGACGGACCUGCAUCGAACCGAACGGAGCCACCGGAGAAAUACCUUGACAUCUCCCACAUAGGCAGUCCAGGCAGCGUUUGCUUUACCGACCGGACGGGUACGGUUGCGGCGUGUGGCGAGGGUGAUUGCAGUUGAGUCGCGACGACGCGAGCGGACAAGGAGAAGGCACGGAAGCGAACCGUUGCGUUCGUUCGAGAAGCCAACCCGGUAUUUACAGCCUGAAGAAGCGGU